AAAACCGUACGGAAGUCGCAUGGCCGUAUUUUUAGUUUUUUUUUUGAGGAUUUUUUUGUGCUCUUUCAUUUGACACCAUAAUCCUAAUUUCUAAUUUUUGAGCCAAGUGUACAGUUUAAAACUAAACACACCUGUUUAGUUUAGCGUAUAGGGACACUAGUUCUAGCCCUAGCUAACUCUUCACUCCCAGGCAGACCUGUAGUGUGAGGUGUAGAGCUGGGUGGGGAUCGGUGCCAUUGGCUUUGGAUGAACUGGAUUGUCAGUGCUGUCACUCUAGCUUUGCAAUCUCUUGUGGAACUGGAGUGCUGACAUUUCAGGGACUCCCCAUGCCGGCAUUCCCACUUGCCUCUCCCUCCUACUGAUGCUGCCAUAGCCAUAUCUGCCGGAGCUUGCAGAUUGCACUUCAUAUUGUACUCACCUAGCUUUUAGCACUGCCAAUAGCCUCCUCUACUAUGCCUAAUUGUACAUUUUAUUUCCCCUACUCCUCCUGGGGGUGAUGCCUGGAGACCUCAAUCUAUCAAGAUAUCCAGCACACCCGACCACCACCAGUGACGUCCCUGCAUCCAGCUCGCCGUUCUGAUCUUCCAUAGACCCCAGCAGCAGUCAUCUGGUGCAAAAAUGGAGGGAGAUACUUCUGAAAUGAGCCCCUCUGUGGGGUGUAAGAAGAAAGGACCUGUUUCUGAAAUUUGUCCCUCUGUGGAGUAUAAAAGAAAGAGAACUGAGAGUGCCUUGAUGGAGAGAGCAGGCUCACCUGUGCCCAGCUGUGUUUCCAUGAAGAGUGACAGUUCAAUGGACUUCCUACUCCAAUUCAAAGAGGGACCUUUUCCAUCAGUUAAAAGAGACCAAAUUGAAGAAUGCAGUUCAGAUCUACUUGAUAAAGUGGGUUUAUCUUCCAUAUUGAAGUCACUAGAGGAAAAUGCUGUAAAGUUCCUGAAGGAUGAGCUGAAGAAGAUAGCAAGGUAUCUAGGUCAGAAUUACCCAGAAUGCUCUGAGCCUCAGCUGGAGGAGGACAAAGACCUGGAGAGUGAUGGUCAUAUACAGAACAGUUUUGGUAGAGAGGGAGCUCUGAAGAUCACGCUGUACAUCCUGAGGAACAUGAAGCAAAACGAUCUUGCUGACAUGCUGGAGAAGAGGAAGCUCAUGCAAUGUCAGAAAAUGCUCAUGCAAUGUCAGCAGAGAAUAAAAUGUAACCUGAAGAAGAAAUUUGAGAGUAUAUUUCAAGGGAAAGCUAAGGAAGGACAGCCAACACUUCUCAGUGAGAUUUACACAGAACUCUUCAUAACUGAAGGUGGAACUGGAGUCAAUGAUGAACAUGAAGUGAGACAGAUUGAAACAGCAUCCAAGAAACGGCGAACAGAAGAUACUACAGUCAAGUGCAAUGAUAUAUUUAAACCCUUAUGUGGGCGUGUGACACCUAUCAGAACUGUACUCACUAAAGGGGUGGCAGGUAUCGGGAAAACAGUCUCUGUGCAGAAAUUUAUUCUCGACUGGGCAGAAGGAAAAGCAAACCAAGAUAUUCACUUCAUUUUUGCUCUUCCUUUCCGGGACCUGAAUUUGAUUAAGGAGGAAUACAGUCUGAUUGAACUGCUUCACCACUUUGUCCCAGAUCUGAAAUUAUUUAAAUCCUCUGAGCUGUUUAGGUAUAAAAUCUUGUUCAUCUUUGAUGGUCUCGAUGAGUGUCGCCUUCCUGUAGAUUUUCAGAACAGUGAGAAUUGGUGUGAUGUAACAAAGAAAAUGUCACUGGAUGUGCUGUUGACUAACCUCAUUAAGGGGAAUCUGCUUCCAUCCGCUCUCCUCUGGAUAACCUCCCGGCCAGGAGCAGUCACUCAGAUACCUCCUAAGUGUGUCUACCGGGUGACAGAGAUACGAGGAUUCAGUGAUGCCCAGAAGGAGGAGUAUUUCAGGAGGAGAUUCAGUGACCAGAGCCUGGCCAGCAGGAUUAUCACACAUGUGAAAUUAUCACGGAGCCUCUUCAUCAUGUGUCACAUACCUGUUUUCUGCUGGAUUUCAGCCACUGUUCUUGAGAUGCUUUUUAAUGAGACUGAUGGUGGGGAAAAUCCAAAGACUCUGACUGAAAUGUACACACACUUCCUAAUAUUUCAGACAAGUUUAAAAAAUGACAAAUACCUGAAAAAACAUCAUUCCAAGCUUAGUAAAUGCCCUGAAUCUGCCAAGGAAUUCCUUUUAAAACUUGGCAAACUGGCUCUUCAUAACCUUCAGAAAGGCUAUCUCAUAUUUUAUGAGCAAGAUCUGACAGAGAAUGACAUUGAUGUCACUGAAGCUUCAGUUUACUCUGGAGUGUGCACAGAAGUCUUUAAAGACGAAUCUGGGUUCUAUCAGGAGAAGGUGUACUGCUUUGUGCAUCUGAGCAUUCAGGAGUAUCUCGCUGCUUUAUAUAUGUUUCUAUCAAACUCAUCAGCUGACCUGCUGAAGACUGCAGUGGAUGAGGCAUUAAAGAGCAAGAAUGGACACUUGGACCUCUACCUGCGCUUCCUCCUGGGCCUCUCAACUGACUCAAGUAAAACUCUAUUACAAAGGCUACUGGGACAGACGGGAACCAGCUCAGAUAGCAUUAAGGAAACAACCCAAUACAUCAAGGAGAAAAUACAGGAGAAUUUAUCUCCAGAAAGGACCAUCAACCUUUUCCACUGUUUGAAUGAACUGGGUGAUAAUUCUCUAGUAGAGGAAGUACAAAGAUACCUGAAUUCAGGAAGCCUUUCAGCAGAACACCUCUCACCUGCACAGUACUCAGCUCUGGCCUUUAUGAUGCUGAUGUCAGAUGAGGAGCUAGAUGUGUUUGACCUGAAGAAAUUCAUCAGAUCGGAUGAAGAGCACUGGAGGCUGCUGCCUGUGGUCAAGACAUCGAGGACAGCUCUGCUGAACAGCUGUAAACUCACAGAAAAAUGCUGUGAUUCACUGGCUUCAGCUCUUAAAUCAAACUCCUCACCCCUGAGAGAGCUGGACCUGAGUGACAAUGACCUGCAGGAUUCAGGAGUGAAGCUGCUCUCUGCUGGACUGGGAGAUGCACACUGUAAACUGGAGAUACUGAGGCUGUCAGGCUGUAGAGUCACAGAGAGAGGCUGUUCUUCCCUGGCUUCAGCUCUGAGGUCAAACCCCUCACACCUGAGAGAGCUGGAUCUGAGCUACAAUCAGGCAGGAGACUCAGCAGUGGAGCUGCUCUCUGCUGUACAGGAGGAUCCCAGCUGUAAACUGGAGAAGCUGAAGGUGGAACGGUGUGAUCUCACAGAGAAAUGCUGUGAGGCCCUGGCUUCAGCUCUAAGAUCAAACUCCUCAUACCUGAGAGAGCUGAACCUGAGUAACAAUGCCCUGCAGGAUUCAGGAUUGAAGCUGCUCUCUGCUGGACUGGAGGUUUCACACUGUAAACUGGAGAUGCUGAGGCUGUCAGGCUGUAGAGUCACAGUAGAAGGCUGUUCUUUCCUAGCUUCAGCUCUGAGGUCAAACCGCUCACACCUGAGAGAGCUGGAUCUGAGCUACAAUCACGCAGGAGACUCAGCAGUGGAGCUGCUCUCUGCUGUACUGGAGGAUCCCAGCUGUAAACUGAAGAAGCUGAAGCUGAACAGCUGUAAUCUCACAGAGAAAUGCUGUGAUUCACUGGCUUCAGCUCUCAGAUCAAACUCCUCACAUCUGAAUGAGCUGGACCUGAGUGACAAUGACCUGCAGGAUUCAGGAGUGAAACUGCUCUCUGCUGGACUGGGAGAUGCACACUGUAAAUUGGAGACACUGAGGCUGUCAGGCUGUAGAGUCACAAAAGAAGGCUGUUCUUUCCUGGCUUCAGCUCUGAGGUCAAACCCCUCACACCUGAGAGAACUGGAUCUGAGCUACAAUCACCCAGGAGACUCGGGAGUUAAGCUGCUCUAUGCUGUACUGGAGGAUCCCAGCUGUAAACUGGAAAAGCUGAAUGUGGACCACAGGGGAGAAUGCAGGACCAGACCAGGCUUACAGAAAUACCCCUGCCACCUGACACUGGACCCCGACACAGCAUACAGCCACCUGUCUCUAUCACAGGGGAACAGAAAGGUGACAUGUGGGGCAGAGCAGCAGCCAUAUUCUGAUCAUCCACAGAGAUUUGAGUGCUGGCCCCAAGUUCUGUGCAGAGAGAGUUUGACUGGUCGCUGUUACUGGGAGGCUGAGUGGAGUGGAGAUGCAGCCUAUAUAGGAAUGACUUAUAAAGGAAUCGGGAGGAAAGGAGACAGUGCUGACUGUCUGCUUGGAGACAAUGACAAGUCAUGGAGUCUGCGCUGCUCUCCUCACAGUUACUAUGUCCGACACAAUAAUAAACUGACUGUCAUACCCAUACAGCCCUCAGGUUCCUGCAGAGUAGGAGUAUAUCUGGAUUGGGAGGCUGGUGCUCUUUCCUUCUACAGGGUCACCUCUGAUGGACUGACCCUCCUGUACAGAUUCAACUCCUCAUUCACUGAACCCCUCUAUCCAGGGUUUCGGGUUUAUCCAAACUCCCCAGUGUCACUGUGCAUGCUGAGAUAGCUCACUGUGUGCUGGAGGAACAAUUUUAACUGUAUCACAGUGUCACAUGUUACCUUUUCUUCAUGGUAAAUCACUGCUUUCUAACCUAUAUAACCAUUUUUUAUUGUUUGACAAAAAUAAAUAAUGAGGUUUAGUGAAUUGAACAAAUAUGCAGAAAGGCUUUUUCUUCUGACUAAAAUGUAAUGAAAUCUAAGCCUUAAGUCUCCCAUGAAUAUGAACAUUUUACAUAUUUGUCUAUAUAUUGUAUUUCCUACCUGUACAAUAACAAUAAAGGCUUUCUAUUAUA